AUGGUUUUUGAAAAUGAAAAAGUAUUUAGGAAAGCAUUGGCUGAUUAUGCAAUAGAAUACAAAGUUAGUCUUAAGUUAAGGCCUAAUCAACCUAGUAAAGUAAGGGCUCAGUGUAAGGGUAACAAACAGUGCAAGUGGUUGUGUUAUGCUGCAACAGAUAGAGAUUCUGGUGAUUCUAUGAUUAAGAGCUACCGUCCUUUACACAAGUGUACAACUUCUAACAAGAACAAAAUGUGCAACACUAAAUGGCUUGCUGCUAGAUUUAAGGAUGAACUAAUUAAGCAGCCAUCUUUGAGAAUAUGGGAAAUACAAGACAUGUGCAGGGAUAAGUUAGGACUUUAUGUUGUAGGAAAAUUUGCUACAGAGCUAAAAUGCAGAUACUCAGAGAGUCUAUGGACAAAUCCUGGUAGUUCUGUUUGGGUAAGGAUGGAUAGAGAAAGUUGUCCAGGGAAGAAUUUGUUUGUGUACUUCUAUAUCUGCUUGGAUGCAUUGAAGAAGGGGUGGAUGGAAUAUUGUAGGAGAAUAAUAGGUUUUGAUGGGUGUUUACUAAAGGGUGCUUGUAAAGGUGAACUGCUAGUAGCAGUUGAGGAUCUGCAGUUGGGUACUGGAGAUGGUCUUCCUGUGAUGGCAGACAUGCAAAAGAAGAAUUGUUACCCGAUGCUGAGCAUAGGAGAUGUGCAAGACACAUCUGGUCCAAUUGGCAUCAAUAAUGGAAGGGUGAAGAGGGAAGAAAACAAUUUUGGAGAUCCAGAAAAAUCAUGGGUGAGGGCAUACAUUAAAGAGCAUUCUAAGUGUGAUGUUGUUGAGAAUAACAUGUGUGAGACCUUCAAUUCAUGGAUCUUGUCUUGUAGACACAAAUCAAUUAUAACCAUGUUGGAGGAAAUUAUGAGAAAGAUAAUGACUAGACAAUGUGAUAUGAUUAAGUUUGCCAACACUUGGAUAUCUGAGAUUUCACCUAUGGCUAGACUUACCUUAGAGGAUAAUAAGGAAAUGGCUAGGGGCUGCAAGGUUCUUUGGAAUGCUGAUGUUGGAUUUGAGAUUGGAGAGGGUGAGUAUAGGCAUACAGUUAACAUGAGUACUAAGAGUUGUAGUUGUAGAACUUGGCAACUGAGAGGAAUUCCAUGCCAGCAUGCUGUUUGUGCAUACUACCACAUAGAACUAGAGCCUGAACACUUUGUGGAGCAUUGGUAUAGGAAGGAUACAUUCUUAAAGGCAUAUAGUCAUUUCAUCCAGCCAAUUCCAAAUAUGAAGAUGUGGCCUGAAACAAACAAUCCAAAGAUUGAGCCUCCUGCCUAA